AAGACUUAAAAUUAUAUUUAAAGUCUUAAAUAAACCACAGACUGAUCAACUGCUGCUAUUUCCUGUCUUUGUGAAGCCUGAACUUUCAUCUUAGUCCUAAUCUUUAUUUACAUUGAUAGCAAUAAUAAUCUUCUAUUAUUGUUGUUAUUGUUUAUUGUUCGGCACAGUUAAAAUCAUUUAUCAUAAAUUAAAUAAAAGCAAAGUAAAAAUAUCCAGGAAAAUAAUAAACAGGAAAAUAAACAAACAUACUGUGACUGAAAACAAUAAAACAGCUGAUAUUUAUAGAAGAUAAAUUAAUUUAUUCUUUGACUCUCCAUCCGUAUUAUGUUUAUUAUGUCAUAGUUUUAUUCCUCUGUUUGAUCUGCACGUGCUCUUUGUGAAUAAACUUUACCGGAAACGAACCGUUCAAUCGCAAAUAAAAGCCCUUAUUUUGAAGUUGACAGGAAGUGGUCCUCUCUCCGUUGCAACAGUCUCGUGCUUGCCGCCUCGCCCCCUGUUGGUCAGCUGACCGUCGGCCGGUCUGCUGACAGUCAAACCGCUGAAGCUCGCACCUUGACCCGGACAUCAGCAUCGCCAGGCCGAGCCCGGUCUUUGUGUCCCCAGUACCGGAGCCCCUGACCGGGAUUGGUUUCCUGACGUGCCCCGCUGUCAGCGGGAGACCGGAUCGUUGGCCUAAAUCAAGCCGAGCUCGGCGCACACAGAGUCAGACUCUCAUUCCGCUGCUCCGACUGAUCCCGCUCCGAGGCCGGUCAGCUGGUCGACUCUAUCCGAUCCUCCGUGACCCCCAGCCGGCCCUCAGCCCCGGCGGCCCCCGCUGACCGCCAUGGCCCUGCUGGACCUCGCCAUGCAGGGACUCGCCGUGUUCGGCUUCAUCCUGUUCUUCGUGCUGUGGCUCAUGCACUGCAUGUCCAUCAUCUAUGUGCGUCUCCAUCUCCACAAGAAAAGAUCAGAGGUCAAACAGUCCUUUGUGCAGCUGGCGGGAGUUUCUUUGCUGAAGCCGCUGAAGGGUGUUGACCCAAACCUGAUCUCCAACCUGGAGACCUUCUUCACACUGGAUUACCCCAAGUAUGAGAUCCUGCUGUGUGUUCAGGAUCAGGACGAUCCAGCUGUUGACGUCUGUAAAAAGCUGUUGGGCAAAUAUCCGAACGUCGACGCUCGACUGUUCAUCGGGGGGAAGAAAGUCGGAAUCAACCCCAAGAUCAACAACCUGAUGCCGGGCUACGAAGGAGCCAAGUACGGCCUGGUGUGGAUCUGUGAUAGCGGCAUCAGAGUGAAACCUGACACCCUGACAGAUUUGACCAAUCAGAUGACAGAGAAGGUGGGAUUGGUCCACGGGUUGCCGUAUGUUGCCGACCGCCAAGGCUUUGCUGCCACACUGGAGCAAGUGUAUUUCGGGACGUCCCACCCGCGCUCCUACAUCUCAGCCAACGUGACGGGGAUAAAGUGUGUGACGGGGAUGUCAUGUUUGAUGAGGAAGGACGUGCUGGAUCAGGCCGGCGGAUUGGUCGCCUUCGCUCAGUAUAUCGCUGAAGAUUAUUUCAUGGCUAAAGCUAUCGCAGACAGAGGCUGGAAGUUUUCCAUGGCAACACAGGUGGCACUGCAGAACUCAGGGUCGUAUUCCAUUGGCCAGUUUCAGUCCCGCAUGAUCAGGUGGACAAAGCUGAGGAUCAACAUGCUUCCGGCCACCGUGUUGGAGCCUGUGUCUGAGUGCUUCCUGGCCAGCCUCAUCAUUGGCUGGGCUGCUCAUCAUGUGUUCAGGUGGGACAUGAUGGUCUUCUUCAUGUGUCACUGUCUGGCCUGGUUCAUAUCUGACUACAUCCAGCUGACUGGAGUUCAGGGCGGCCCUCUGUGCUUCUCAAAGCUGGACUUUGCCGUGGCAUGGUUCAUCAGGGAGUCGAUGGCGGUUCAGAUCUUCCUGUCAGCUCUCUGGGACCCGACCAUCAGCUGGAGAACCGGUCGCUACAGGCUGCGCUGCGGCGGCACUGCAGAGGAGAUCCUCGACGUCUAGUUACAACAGCAACUGGUUACACCUUCAUCCUCCUCCUCCUCUCCUCCUCCAUCAUAGGAGGAUGGGGGGGGGUUGAGGAAAAAAAGACUGAUGUUUAUUUGUUUUUGUUUUUUUAUGAGAAAAAAACUGAAGUGUGUGUGUGUGUGUGUGUGUGUGUGUGUGUGUGUGUGUGUGUGUGUGUGUUUUUAACUAUUUAUGUUCCUUUGGUGCUAAAACUUAACGAUGCCAGAACAAGCCAAUGAGAGCGCAGCAAGAAGAAACUAAAAAAAAAGAAUGAAAAAAUGGGAGGGAGUGAUGCGUCGCCUUGAGUCAGCUGAUCUUUGAUCAGACGAGAAGAGCAGAAAAUUAGAGAGAAAAUUAGCCAAUGAGGAAGGAGCAGAGGUAAUGCUCUCUCCUCAUCGGCUGAUUCUGUUUUUCUUUGUGUUUGAAGUUUUUUUUUUUUUUUUUUUUUGAUAAAACGACAUGUGACCUGAAGUCUUUUAUUUUGAAAUUCAUCUGCCUGAGUUUUUACCUGGUGAAAUCAGGAAGUGAUGUCACCCUCAGAUUGACAUAUUGAUUCUGAGGAUUAUUUAGAAUCAAUAAAAAAACAGACGACACCUGUUACUGUCAGCAGAACACCUGAUCUGUUGGCAUGACAACAAACUAUCAGUGUUUUAAACUUGAAAUAACUUGAGUUGGUCUCAGACGUGAUCAAAUUAAACUCUGUUCAGUUUUCUGAUUAAUCCAGAAAAAUAAAAUAAAUUUAGGAUCAAGCUCAGAACGAGGAUCUGAACAUCACAGCUGUUAGAGUGGGGGGGGUCAUCUGAUAAAAAAACAACAGAAGAAGAAAACAACGUUCACUGAAGAUUUAAACGAGACUAUAUUCAUUGAACACAAACAAAUACAAACAUGUGGUAACAUGUAGUUUGACAAAAAUACCUCGUAACUGCAGGAUCAGUUUUUCUGUUUAACAUUUUGAAGAAAAAAAAAGUUCUUUAUUUGGUUUUCAUGAAAUUUGUUAUUAAAGUUAUUAAAAAACUUUAUUCAGUCAUAAAGUUUUUACUGUGACGAUCAGACAAAGGUCUUUAUUUAAUCCUGAAGAAAUGGAAACCAGUAAUUAUAAUGAAUGACUUGUUUGUUUCUUCAGUGAAUGAACGUUUGUGUCAAUGUGAAAACAAACAAAAAAAUGGCCAAUGAGAUCACAGAAUCUUUGACACGUGAAUCAAAUUCAUUUUCUGUUUUGUUGUAUUCUUUUGAAUUUAUUUUUCUUCUUUUGCUUUCUUUGGGGGGAGGUGUGUGUUUGUGUGUGUCUGUGUGUGUGUGUGUGGGGGGGGGUUAAAGAAAAAAAAAGAAGAGUUAACCACGAUGCAGCACUGAAUGAAUUCCAGUAUUCUGUGACGUUUCAUGGUCGCGACAUUUCACGUGAAAAACAUCGGACCAAAAGAAAAAACUCGUUUGUUUAAGAAAAAGACAAAAAAAAAUUCACAUUUCUGAACUUUGUGUUUGUUCCGCAGUUGAACACUGUGUGCGUGCGUGUGUGUGUGUGCGCGUGUGCGUGCGUGUGUGUGUGUGCGCGCGCGUGUGUGCGCGCGUGUGACCACAGGUGUUUUUGUAAAGCCGCAUUACUUCACUGUUAACUGUUAGCGUGGCCUCAGGCGGUUUGGUUGAUGACCUCAGCUUUGAGUCGGACGAGCCCCUGACCCCGUCGUCCAAUCGGAUCAGUAGGAUUCUUCUGUUUAUAGUUGCUGUUUUUUUUAAUGAGGAUUGUGUCAACAACACAGGAACAAUAAAGUUUUAUCCUUUCAAACAUGAA